GGCUGAGCAAGGGGGUGGUGAGGGAGUAAGAGGGGAGUAGGGCGCCGUCCCGCGCCAGGCUCGGACGACGGGAAAAUGGCGGCCUUGGGGUCACCGCUGCGUACUUGGCGAGGCCUUCUCCGAGAGUUGCGCUACUUGAACGCGGCCACAGGCCGACCCUAUCGCCACACCCCGGCCUAUCGGUACCUCGUGAAGGCUUUCCGUGCACAUCGGGUCACCAGUGAGAAGUUGUGCAGAGCCCAGCAUGAGCUUCAUUUCCAAGCUGCCACCUACCUCUGCCUUCUGCGCAGCAUCCGAGAACAUGUGGCCCUUCACCAGGAAUUUCAUGGCAAGGGUGAGCGCUCAGUGGAGGAGUCGGCUGGCUUAGUGGGUCUCAAGUUGCCCCAACAGCCUGGAGGGAAGGGCUGGGAGCCAUGAAAAUGGAGAGAUUCCUUGGAUGCUGCCUUCAUACAAGAAUUUAAUAAUUUCUAUCAAUAUGUAUUUAUCAUUAAAUUUUUUUUUAAGUUUA